UCCAUCAUGGCGACCAAAAAUUGCUGUCUGCAUGUCUUGUGGAUUUAUUUUCCAUAAAUUCACAUUUUAUAACCAAACCAAUGGAUAUAUUGUUUCAGUAUUCAACAGACUUUCAUAUCUAGUGAUAUCUGUGUUCUCUUUGAGAAAAUAUACUUUGAGACGGCCUCAACAUGUAGGCCGAAAUUUGCAGAGAAGCCAUCCGAGAACGUCAAUUUUCAUUUGUGAAUUCAGUUCAACUCGUCGUUUUAUUUCCAGUAGACGACCUGGCUUCUUUUUUUUUCUACCGAGGAGUUAUAUAAAUAAAGACACGAAUUGAAAUGUCUGCUCACAACAGUAGUCAUGGAGCGAGUAAAAAGGAAAAGGCUCGUGUUGAAGCUCAGCAGGCUCGAGCUAGACAGGCUAAAAAACAUAACAGCUCCAAUGCUCCUUCGAUGCCCUUAUUUGAUGGUCCCAAAAAGGUACAAAAUAAUUUUAUGGACCUUACUAGUCAGAAGAUACAGAAAGUCCUUGGUUCUUACGAUGAAGUGAAGCCGUAUGCUCAGGCUGGUGCUAUGAUUGGUGUGCCGAGGGCACCAACGACGCCACUCAUCACUGACAUACCCAAUCGCCCACAUUUUCCUUCUUCAAGACACAACAAUGGCCAACACAAACCGACUGAUAGAAAAAUAGAUCCUAAUCGAUCAUUGAACUUUCCAACUCAUUCCAGCAGGGAGGCCACGACCACAAGUAGUUCCAAUCGUAAAAGUCUGCCACAUAACCCAUCUUCCAUCUCUUCCCAGCCUAGUCAUGCCCGUUCAAGCUCGGCAUCUCCUCCACCAUUCAGUCAUUCCUCACCAGCGAAACAAAACCAAUCAUCGCGUGACUCCAGACCCAGUGUUAGUCCUGUUGCUGGUCAAAGGUCGAAGUCGUUGGUUACAGAUGUCACGAACCAGAAAACAGAGAAAUUAUCACAUUCUUCCCAUAAUUCCAAGCCUCUCUCACCACUAAAUAUGCCACCUUCCCAGAAUUCCAAGCCAAGUAGUCAUGGGCCAAAAGUAGCACAGGUUCUUCCAAACGGAGCUUUGUCUGAUCAAGCAAAAUCUCAGCGGAAUAACCUACCAAAACUUGUUAUCCCAGAAAUAAAUAAAAAGGCUGAUAUUCAGGUUUUGGAUGCAAUAUUUAAUGAGAUGACCAAUAUACAACCACCAUUGACAGGAAUACAAACUCCACGAAAAGCUGAAGAUAAGUUUCCUUUUCCAGCUCAAAAGACAUCUAGUAAUUGUUUAUCUUUAAAUACAUCUUCAGAAUCAUUAAAAGAAGAAAAAGAUCAGAAGAAGAAAAACCUAACCACAAACCUAACGGUUCCUGAUAAAACCCAAGAUAAGCCCAAGACGGAUUUAGCUGAUCGAAAAGGUGGGGCUACGAAAGAAUGCAGAAUAAAACGGGACAGAGCCGAAUCUUCCAGUAGUGAGAGUUCCAGUAGUAGUAGUUCCGAGUCGGAAUCAGAAAGUGAUUCCAAUAAUUCUGAUGAUGAGGAAGAAGAGGAAGAGAAGAAAGAAGAGCUGGAGGAGAAAGAUGAAAGUAUUAAAGAACUGGAGAAAUCUACAGAUUCUGUCUCUUCUAAGGAACUAAGCUCGCAAUCUCAACCAUCUGAACCAAGAUGGAGUUUGGACUCUUUUAUUGAGAAAUCCAAAACCUCUCCUAUCCCACAGAUGAGUUCUGGUACAAAGCCUGGAUCUAGUGGUAUUGAUAAAAUACAUGACGAUAAUAAUGCUCUACUCGAUGAAAUGGUCAAAUAUAUUCCAUGUAAAAAGUUGGAAAGUAUCGGACACUCGUCAACAUUACCGUUUGACGUUCCGUUGAGUGAGGAUGAUGACGACGUGACCGUGCCUGGCUGUGAUAUAGAACGAUUUCAAAAUGGGGCUCAUUCUGACCAUGAUCUUCCUACUCCGUCGUCUGUGAAAAAUCCGCCAUCAAUUUGCUCACCCUAUGUGGACAGUUCAUGUAGUAGCGACGACACAAGUUCUAGCAAAAUCACAAAACCGGCUCAAAAACACAAACUUACAAAACAACGUCGACAAUCAAGCUCAAAUAAGUUAUUAACUGACAAACCUAAAAAAGACAGCAAGUCUUCUAAUUCAAAGAAAAGUCACUCUAGUGAUAAUAAGCCGUCAGAUGUGAAGUCUAAUAAAGAGGAGAAAAAACGCAAAUCGACAGGGACAAAACGUAAGAAACCGAUAUCGAGAGAAAUUGUUGACACGGACAGUGAUAUAGAUGUUGAUGUGGUUUCCGUUACCCCGGGUAAACACACAGCACCCAUGUCCUCUAUGCUCUCGGACCACAAUCAAAACGAUAAGUUCCCAGUUACUAAACAAUUGUUUUCUCCCAAACGACAAUCGUCUCCUGAAUCUAAACUCAAUAAUUCGCAAUCAUCGGUCAGUAGUAAGUCUAGUAGUAAACAUCGUUCUAGUGAUAGAGACAGGGAAAAAAUAUUAUACAAAGAAAAACACAAAAACAAUGUGAAAAAAAUAAAACCCCAAAUUUACAAUAGUAGUGAUGAGGAUGAGAGCACGGAUUGCGGACAGGAGGUGGAGGAUAUCUUAGAGUCUACGGAGGAUUUUCGUCCCCCCAGUCUACAUUCCCCUCUCCCUCCAUUCCCCUAUCCAUGUAAAGAUAUCAAAACAUCUCCCUCGGACACCAAACAUCUUGUCUCUUUUAAUUCCAGUAUUAAGCCAUUAAAACCAUCAUCUGUGAAAAAUGUGACAUCACCAAAAUCUGAAUGUGCUGUGAAAAAAUUAAACCAUAAUGUGCAAAGUGACAUUUCUGUGAAAACUCCGGUUGUAGUGAAAAUUAAUUUAUCUUUAUUGAAAAAAAAUCAUCACAAUUCCCCAAGUGCUUCGAGAAAACUAGUCAGCGAGGAUAAAGCGGUGAAAGUGAAAAAAGAAAAUGGAAAUUCAUUAAAUGACCAAAUUGAAAUUAAACCGGAAUCUAAGUCGAGUGAAAGUUCUAUGUCAAAGGAGACGUCUUUGAAAAAAACGAAGAAAGAGACGGAAUCGGUUGACGAUAGUAUUUCGUCGAUGAAAAAAGACGUUUCAAAUGUUUCCAAAUCAUCUUCACCUGCCAAAGUGCCCAAAAAAGAAUCCGAUUCCACAAAGUCAUCGUCAAUAAAAACUGAAAGUGAAUCUUCGUCCAGUCAUUCGAAGAAAAGUUCUAAAAAGGAUAGUGAUAGUUCUAGAAAAGAUAAUGACAUUUCUAGAAAGGAUAGUGAUAUAUCAACGACAAAUUCAAAUUCAAAUUCCAGAGAUACCGAUAUAAAAAAGGAAAAAGACUUACAAUCGGUAGUUAAAAAGGAAAAGGAUUCUGAAAGUAGAAAGGAAAAGGAUUCUGAAAGUAGAAAGGAAAAAGACUCUGAAAGUAGAAAGGAAAAAGACUCUGAAAGUAGAAAGGAAAAAGACUCUGAAAGUAGAAAGGAAAAAGACUCUGAUAUUAAAAUCGAAAGAGAAUCACACAGUAAAAGAGAAUCAAAGGAUUCUAAGUCCGAUUCAAAAGAAUCGUCUAGGACAAAAGAAUCAAAACCCCAUAAGCGUAAAAAUGAGGGUAGUCAUAGUGAAAGUGCUAAAAAACAUAAAUCUGGGAGUAAAAGUAGCAGCAGUAGUAAAAGAUCUUCACAUGAGAAUGGUGUUGAUUUGGAAGGUGAUGAGAAACGUCCGCCGAGUAGAAGUGAGCGUAGAAACAGCACAUCCAGCACAUCUAGUCGUCAUAACUCUAAAAGUCAUUCAAAAAAACCUAAACUCGAAUCUAAAACCAAUAAAGAUGACAAAUCAUCUUCGAAGAAGGAUGUUAGUCAUCAGAAUGGUGGGGAAAAUCAUCUACCAUUCAGUAAUUAUUCUGAUGCACCUGUUACAUCAUCCCCAUCAAAACCAAACAAACUUUCUACCAAUAAACCAGCUUUACCUAGUGAUGAAUUAGAUCCAGCAGACCAUUACUUAACACGUGCCAAAGAACUCAAACAUCAGGCAGACUCGCAGAAGGAUAAGCCAGUUCAGAUGAUCACCUAUACCGAGGCUGUUCUUGCUUUUAUCCAAUGUGGUUAUGCCAUGGAACGACGAAAACUUAGUGAACCAUUACGAAUAUUUACCAUGUACACUGAAACCCUUCAACUACUCAAGUCAAUAUGUCGUUUUAGACAUGAUCAGUCCAGUCAUGAUAAGAAAUUAUCAGUUAUAAUACUACGUAUCCAGGCAUUAUUGUGUUUAAAACUCUACAAGUUAAAGAAAACAGAAGCUCUUAAAUUUAAGAAGAUUAUUGACCAACAUGAUCAAAACAAGUCAAGCAAGCCAUCAUACGCACCGUCUCCCCAUCAGGGUAGUUUUAAUAAUCGUAGUACAGGUAUACCAUCUCCCAUGUCUCCUACACCAUCACCAGCUGGUAGUAUUGGUUCAGUCGGUUCACAGGGAAGUUGUGAAUUAUCAACUGGUAAAGUAACCAAUGGUACAUCAUCUUUAAAUACUGGUUCUACUCCUAUGGCUUCUCCUGGUUCAGUUAGCAUACCACAGAGAAUUUACUCAGUACAACAGCAGUAUUUUAAUAUCAGUAGUUUCCUUGUUAAUGCCAUGGAAUAUUGGGAUCAAGCUGAUCAAGCUGCUGCAGAAAAUAGAGCAUUUUUUGAUCAUCUAGAUAAAGUUGUUGGACCAUUGAUGUUUACACACUCUGGAUUUCAACAACUAGUAACUUACGUAGAGAAAGGUUUACAGUUUUUGAGAGAUACGUGACGUUAGGCCCCCCAUUCCCUCCCUUCCCCCACCACCAACUUGAGACCCUUAUCUUCCUUGUGAAAAAAUAGUGCUGUAGAUGACUAACAUUAUAGGCAGCAUUGAUUUAUUUUGAACUGGUCGACGUCACGGAGACUUUAUUUGUAGAUGCUGGUGGUUAAAACUGUUUGAUAACGACGUGAGAUAUAUAAUGUCCAUUUUGAGACCAUCAUUUUGAGAUUUGGAAUAAUUCAAAUUCCUAAUUGAUAUGAGAAUUGAUGUGAUACAGCAACAAGAGACUGUUUUUAGGAGAAAUGUUUGUUGGAGGGACGAGAUCUUAAUAAUCAGAUCUUAUUCAUGUUUAUGAGAACAUUUCCGAGACAAGUUAACCAAACCAAUCUGUGAGACCAGUUCAGCAAGGCAAUUUGUGAGACUAGUUAAAUGAACUAGAAUGUGAGGCCAGAUCAGCAAUUUGUGUGGCUGUUUAAAUGGACCAAUUUGUGAGACAAGUUUAGUGAACCAGAAUGUGAGACUAGUUAUAUGAACCAGUUCGAAACUAGUUGAGUGAGCCAGUCUGUGAGACCAGUGAAAUGAACCAAUCUUUGUGACUAGUUCAGUGUACCAGUUUCGUGAGAUCCGUUUGUCCUGGGAAUAUGUACAGCGACGAACCAAUCUGUGGAAUCGGUCAAAAGGCUUGAUUUGGGAGACGAGUUCCGAUAGUUAUGAGACCAGGUGAACUAAAAUCUUUACAGAAACGAGAUGAAAGGUUGUAUUGGUGUCAGAUUGGAUUCUCUUUGAAUCCAAAGAUAACGUUCCAGUGAAAUAAAAACCAGCGGUUGCUAUGAACGAGAGAAAAAGAAAGGAUUAAUGUCAAGUGUUCGAUUGAAAAUUGUGAAUAAGUAUAGCUUUAUUGUUGAGAGGAGGAGUGAAACGGUUUACAUUGUUUUUUGUGCAUUAAGUUAAUUAUUAUUAUUAUUAUUAUUAUUAUUAUAUCAUGGCAGUUGCCAUGGCAGUAAAGUGCAACAGAAUUUAUGCCAUAUAUCUGGUGACCUUAAAGGUCAAAUAUUGACCUUGACUAUUCAUUUUUGUGCUUAUAUUUAUUGAUUGUCCCGACAAAAGGUCACAUGUGACUAUAUAUAUUGAUCUGUGUUUUAUUUUGAAACAGAAAGGAAAGUGAUGUGUUUAUUUGUGUGUGUCUUAAAUUUCAAAAAGGCUCAUAGGCCUUUCAGUGUCUUAGAGAAAGUGAAUAUAAGUUGAGUUGUCUGGGUGCCUUUUUGUCAUGAAUCGCUUACAGAAGUCGGAGUUCAAAUUUACAAAAAUUCAUAAGAACAUUUAUCGCAAAUACUCAAGAUAUCUAGAUUUAUCAAUCAACAAUUUUAAUGUCAUUAAAAGUGAGAAUGAAUCCAGUCUGCGCCAUGUUAAAUCAUGUGACUAUGAUCCAUAUUUAUCAAAUAUCAUCCAGGCGCAUAACAACAUAUCAUGUCUUCCAUCUUAUGUUACCAUGGUUACACAUUUUUCCUGCCAAACCCAGUGUUACUUUUACUUGCUGAGAUUUCUAGUAUUACGUCUGGACUGUUGAAGCACGCCACAAAUCCUCUUGUCUCUUAUCGUCCAGACUUAAAGACAGUGAUUAUCUGUAUCAAGGGUCUGGUCGAGUGAGACUGCAAAUUCUCAUCAGAUGGCUAUAGACAUGCAUAACCAGUGAGAGUUGAUACAGGAGAACUAUUUAUUAUAUUAUAUUAUAUUAUAUUAUAUUAUAUUAUAUUAUGAUUGUUAUUUAUAUUUCAAAAGACCAGAAUUCUAGUUUGAAAAUAAACCACCAGAAACAAGCCAUUUCAUUGGUUCAUCUGGAUACUCUGAUCUCAGUAACCAGAAGGAAGUUCUGUAUUUUCUAUGAUAUUUUGUAAACAAUGCUGAUAUUUAAGGAAGGGGUUAAUUUAUAUAUUAUUUUUUUUAGUGAGUUACGAAAAAUUACCUCAUAGUAUGGGGUUAUAGUAUAAAUAGCCAGACCCCUUCCCCCCCAAAAAAAGGGUCCGUUGUUUGACAAUCAUGACUCAUUCAUGUUGACCAAUGAAUUUCCAGGGUUAUAUUUAGGGUCAUCCAGUUUUUGAAUGACUUGGAGGGCGAAAGGAGGUCAUUUUACACCAAAAGUAUUCAUUAAAUAUUUUUAAUAGGUUUACUACAAAUGUCUGUGAAUUCUAACACACGUUUGAAUAAUAUGCGAAGUCAAUGGAAUCUUUCUUUAAUUUUUGUCAGAAUUCACAGAAAUCUGCAUGUAAAAUUGAAUAGCAUUUUGUUUGAACUUAAUUGAAAUAGUUUUAAAGAUGGAUGAAUUGAAUUUAUAUAUUUGAUAAAAUGAUUAAUUUUAAACCUAAAAUCUCAUUAUUAAUAGUAAAAUCUGAUAAAUAUCAAAUGAUUUUACUUGUUAAUUAAUUACUGGAUGCAAAAGUCUUGUAGACUUGAUCAAAAGUGCUUUCUAUUGUUUUAUUGUAGUGCUUAGCUGAUGUGACAGCUGUUUAAGAUAUUUGUCUACUUUUGAUUUAGUGAUUACCAUAUAUUUCCUGUCAGUGGAUGGGUCAAUGCCACAGGUACAAGCAGUAUGUGCGUUACAGCUUAAGGCUCCUCUACCAAUUUUUACAUAAAUCUUUCAUAAAUCCAAACAUUGGCCAUCUUAAUAAUAUGAGAAAUUGAGUUAUGCGAUAAAUCUGAAUUUAAAAAAAAAUGUAUUUUGAUGAAAUCAUACAUUCCUGUUUGUCCCCUUUUCUCUCCAACCACAGACAAAUCUAGAAGAAAAAAAAAUUCUGUGAGAUGAUAGGAAUACAUGUAUCUCGGUCGUUUUACGAAAAUUUAUUUUUCGGCAUUUAAGUCUACCAUGCAGAUAAAUUUUAAGUCUUGAACUAACAUUACUUCUCUGAGACAUGAACCAUUAAUUUUCUGUUAUAAGGAGUGUUUUAUUUCCUUACAUUGUUUAAUUAUAAGCCUAUGUGUAUUUAGAUUUGACAAAACCCUUAUAAAGAAUGAACUGUAAGGUUAUUAUUAUAGACUGGUUAUUUUGUAGGUGGAAAUUACUUGUUUUAGAUAAUGAAUCAAAUUGUAAUCAAAGUAAUGUCUGAUUUAAACAUACUGAACAAAUGUUGUACUAGUACAUUGUAGUUUUAAUUUUUAUUGGUUUCAAAUUAAUAUUCAAAACAAAAAAAAAUUGGGGGGGGGGGGGAGAGAGAAUUAAAAUAUCAAUGCCAAUAAAAUAAUAAAAAGAAAAAAAAAUGUUGGGGUAAAGUAAUAAGAUAUAUGUAACAAUAAGCUGUUGACUUCAGCUGUAUUCUGAUUUUAUAUUAGAAUUUUAGCUACUUUAGGGCAGGUUCUCUAGGAUUAAAUGUUUUUCUCUUUUUUAAUAGAAGUUCGAACCCACCUGUAAUACAUAUUGUCAGGUGCGGUACAUGUAUUAAUUCAGACCGUGUCAGGAACAAAUCCCUGGUGUCUGCCAUUUUCAGGCACAGAAUUGUCUAUUUUCUGUGUUUUUAUUAAUCUUUCUUUAAUUAAAUUAAAAUAGAAUUAUUUACAAAAUUAAACAUGUCAGGUACAACUUAGAUUUUAUCAGAUACAAUAACAGUCAUUAUUUCCAGGGUUUUCUUUUCAUUUCUUCUGCUAAAACUUAUAUUUCCUACUUAUACAGGUAUUUAAUAUACUUUUUUUUAAAAAAAAGUAACGAUUUAAUCCAUUAAAUAACAGAUUUAUACAAAUUGACAUUUUAGUUUUUUGCUCAAAUCCAGUUCUAUCCUGCAAGAUUCAAUUAAGUAGAAGCGAUAUCAUAAUCCCACAUUUUUGUUUUAUUCAUUUAUUUGGGGUUUCUAAAUAGUAUGCAAGUAAUAAAUUACUAAUGCUAUUUGUUAUUUUUAGAAAGGUAACAAAACAUAGAUUUGAGAUGUAUGAAUAUUCAGUGACUACCUCACUUCUUUUAUAUAGUAUUUGUGCUUGAUUGUCAAAAAAAGCCAAAAGACCUACAUUUUUGCUAAAAAAAAACCCCAAAAAUUGUAACCCUGACAACUUAUAUUUUGAAAAAUAAUGUAGAUAUGCAUGAAUGAUUUUUACUUAGCACUUCUAUGUUAAAUUACCUUUCUAAAUUUAUUUUAUGAUGAUGCAAAUGUUCUUGAAUUGCUUGUUCCAUUUGGACACAUCCCUCCCCCCAAAAAAAAUGACUACAAAAAGAAAUGGACAUGGCGAUGUUAGUGUUUGCUCCUUUCAUUUCAACCUCAAAUGUUGAUCAAAAUAUUAAUAGUUUUGAUGUAUGUAAAUUUUGUCAACUUAUGUCAUUCUAAUAUCAUUAUGGGUUUUAUUUUUGAGAUUGAUAAAUUAAAUUUUAGUAUUUGAGAUUAUCAUGGCCUCAUUAAAAUUGUUUCAAAAGCCAGUAAACCAUCAAAAUGUCUUAUUUUACGUUAGUGAUAUUGAUUUGUGGAAAUAUUUUUGUUUAAAUCUAAUAUUAUUUAUAAAUAAGUUAAUUGAACAAAUGUUGAUCUUGUUUGAGAUGAUGUGUAAGAUAUAAAUUAAAUGUAGAUACAAAUUCAGUUGAUUUUUAAGAUAUUUGCCUACAUUGAAAUACAUGUAUAAUUGUAUAUAGUCGUCUCCCCUGUCUGUCGUCCACCACACUCCACAAACUACAUUCAUCAUCUGAUUUUAACAAAUUUAUGUUGUUUACAUUAAUGAUAACUACCAUACUUAUUGCCGUUGGAUGCUUUGAAAAACUUAUGAAUGCUAUUUCAAAAGUCAUCAUAUGAUCAACUUUAAGUUUAUAUUCUUUAUUUUGAUUACUGCAAUGAAUAACAAUUGUAACAGUUUCUGAUUUUUAAUGCCCCUGACUAUGUAAUAUAAUUUUCUAUUUGUUUAUCUGAAGAUUCACAAUGCCACAACCUUUCUAGACUUCCCAGACAACUUAGCUGCUGUGGGCCUAUGUUUCAUUGCCUGGCAACCUAUAUAAGUAAUAGCAACCAUUUGUUUGUGUGCCCAGUGACCACACUAAGUGUUAAAUGAUCAAGACCAAUCUGUACUUAGAAAAAAAGAAAACAAAUCAUUCUAAAUUUUGUCUACUUUUACUUUAGCGUACUGUAGAUUAAAAGAAGGGUAAGUAAAUAAAGGAAGUGUAAGAGUCAUGUAAUAUAUAUAUAUAUAAAUAUAGAAUCUAGUUUAUUUAUUUUAAUCUCAAAAGUCUCGAUUUGUCCAGUCCUGUUUUAUUUUAUUAUAAACCAUUGGAAAAGGUUAUCCAGUGAAAGUGUCUUGACAAUAAUACUAAUAUAUGAUUUAAUUAUUCUAUUUAAUAAAUAAAGUGACAAUACUGGAUGUUGAUUACUACUGUUGAUAAAGACUGGAUAAAAGAGAGUGGUUUAUAUGUUGGGGCCAUGUUCAAUAGUGCAUUACUUGACUGGUGUAAUGUCCAUUAACUUGAUUUAUCAUAGGUUUGAUAUCAGAGAAAACUAACUUUAUGUAGUUCGGUUUCAAUUCAACUGUCACCCAAUUAAUUAAAGGAGCAGGGUGUGCAUAGGGUGACUUUGCUUACCCCUGUCAUUGCUAGUUGCUAUGGUUACCAGCCCUUUGUGCCCAUUUCUGUUAUGGGAUAAUGAUCAUAAUACUGGGUCAUCAGUAAAGUUUAAGCAGUGAUGUCCCAUUGCUAUGCUAAUAAUAAAAUGGGUCCUGGUCAUCAAGUCAUGUGGAAAGUUUAUGUAGUGUGUUACGACCUGAUGACUGGGUAUCGAUGUGUUUUAUUCCUUUAUGAUGUUUAUUGUGUGAUGACAGAACUUACAGAAUUCUGGCCGUAUUGAACAUGGUCCUGUAAUAAUAUAUGUAUGUAUAAAAUAAGUGCAUUAUAAUCUCUCUAUGAGCUUGUAAAGAUAGCAGGCAAUAUAUAUUAUUAUUAUUAUCUUAUAUUAAAUAUUAUUUGUGUAUGUAUAUUGUAAAUAGAUGUUGACAUGCAUUUUAUGAAAUAAUGAAAUUAAGCAAGUAA